UAUUUAACCAUUUCCAUGAGAAUAGCUAUGAUAUUUAAUAAUACAUCAUUAGUCACUUAAGGAAUCCAUUUCACUUUCUGCUGAAAAUAGAUGGAAAUGUAAUUAGAUUGUUGAAAUUGGGUUUAUUGAUGAUAUGCAUAAUAACUGAGAGAAUGUUUGUUGAAUUAGAUAUUUAGGUUCUCUAUAUAAGUUAAUUAGGGUUCCUUUAUUGUUGUGUAUAGUGGUGUGAGACGUAGCGGAAGUGAAAUAAUCGAGAAAUAAUCGUAAAAAGAAAUUAAAAAAAAAAUAGAUAUUCCGUACAAGAUUAAUACGAGAAAAGUUCUCAAAUCGAGGCAGAAAACCCAUGGAUGAUGAGAGUACAAGACCCUAAAUAAUUAGGGUAAAUGAUAAUAUUACAACUAUGUAAAAUAGAAGAGUGAAAUAGGAAGAAAUCGAAUAUGUAUGUAUAUUGAUCGGAGGUGGAUGUGUUUGGCAGGUGUUUUUUUUAUGUACCAAAAUGUUGCCCAACCCUUCUAUUUAUAGUGGAUGUAUGUCAUUUAAAAUAGGAGGCAAAUAGCUUGAUAUUGCAAGUGAUAACUUUCUAGAAUUGUUGAGCAUUUUCUGUAGAUAAUCUACCUAAGUGAAACAAGUUCGAACUCUCUGGAAAACAAAAGAUAAUAUUUCCAUCUCCAAUAGCACAUACACUAAAUAGUUAAUAUGGAUAAGUACCAUCAAAUAUGGGCCUUGAAAUUUGGGCCACAAACCCAAGUACUCUGUAUUGAACUUGUUUAAGAGUGCAUGAAGACUUGUUGAAACUCCUAUUGUCCACAUGUGAGUUGUCCCACGUUGGAGAAAGAGGAGAGGAAAUACCACCUUAUAAGCCUGUAGAGUCACUCCCACUAUUGCCAAUUGGUUUAGUGUGGAACCUCUAUUGAACUUAUAAGUGGUCCAAACUCUACUCAUCCUCAUGGGUUGCCCAGGCCCAUUUCAUCAGUUAUCCGAAUCUCUUAAUUCCAACAAUACUUCUUGCUAGGAUUUGAGGGUCUUAACCACUGGAUAUAUUUCGGUUUUUCUUAAUUGUGUGAAUCUUAUUUCUAGUAUAGAAGCUCUAAAAUUUUGUUUUAUUUGAAGGCCAUUUCACAAAUUUUGUCAACCUUACAUGUGUGAUUAAUCCAUCUUCGACCAGAAAUGUCAACAAGACCUGUCUCAUGCUGGGAAAAGGGACGUCUUAUAGGAAGGGGCACAUUCGGUUUGGUCUACGUGGGCAUCAACAGUGAAACUGGUGAGACGUGUGCGAUGAAGGAAGUUACGUUCUCACAUCAAUUUAGACAAGUAUGUCUUCAGUAUGUUAUGGAAAUCACUCUGCUGAGCCGCUUAAGACAUCCAAAUAUUGUGCACUACCGUGAUUCUGAGAUAGUUAACAACAAUCUGUACAUAUGUUUAGAAUAUGUCUCUGGUGGUUCUAUUUGUAAAAUUCUCCGGGAGAACGGUGAGCUUGGCGAAUCAGCUAUCCGUAGCUAUACACAGCAAAUAUUGUCAGGACUUGCAUAUUUGCACUCUGAAAACACUGCUCACAGUGACAUUAGAGGAGCCAAUAUACUUGUGGACCCAAGUGGGCAGGUUAAACUGGCGGAUUUUGGCAUAGCGAAGCAUAUCCGUGGGCAGUUACAUCCAAUCUCUUUCAGAGGAAAUGCAUACUGGAUGGCACCUGAGGUAAUUAGAGACUCAAACGGGUGUAACCUUGCUGCUGAUAUAUGGAGUCUAGGGUGUACUGUAAUAGAGAUGGCAACUACACAGCCUCCGUGGAGUCAAUAUGAACAGGUUGCAGCUGUCUUCAAAAUUGCGACCAGCAACGAACUUCCUGUAGUCCCUGAUAAUCUCUCAGAGGAAGGAAAGGACUUUGUUCAGCAAUGUUUGCAGCGAAACCCUCAAGAUCGCCCUACUGCUAUUCAGCUGUUGGGACAUCCUUUUCUCAGAAAUGCAGCUUCUUCAUCUUCUGAAAGUUUCUUGAUAAAUUUAGAUCCACACUAAUUUGGAAUAACUUUGGCAUAUUUAUUUGAUAAUGUCAGAUUAAUACUUCCUUUUUGUCCUACCAAGUUAUUGAAGAUGAUUUAAUGAGAAAUGAAACGACAGAGUACUUCAUAUUA